GCUUAGAAAGCUUAAUUCAGUUUCUUUCCUUUCGUUUACUACCAUUGCAAACUCCCUCGAAGUCCUAAAAACAAAUUUUAUACUAUAACUAUUAACAUUUGUUUCUCUAACUAAAACCAUGAUAAGUUUUGGAGAUGCUUACAAAGUAAUCGAAGCAAUGGUUCCGCUCUAUGUAGCCUUAAUCUUAGGCUACGGUUCUGUGAAAUGGUGGAACAUCUUCACUCGUGAUCAAUGCGAUGCCAUAAACAGGCUCGUUUGCUACUUCACCCUGCCGCUUUUCACCAUCGAGUUUACGGCUCAUGUUGACCCAUUCAACAUGAAUUACCGGUUCAUCGCGGCCGAUGUCCUCUCUAAGGCCAUCAUAGUCACGGUCUUAGCGUUUUGGGCCAAAUAUAGCAACAAAGGAAGCUAUAGUUGGUCCAUUACUAGUUUCUCUCUUUGCACUCUUACUAACUCUCUUGUCGUCGGUGUGCCAUUGGCUAAGGCAAUGUACGGGAAACAGGCUGUUGAUCUCGUGGUUCAAUCCUCCGUGUUUCAAGCCAUCGUAUGGCUCACGCUCUUGUUGUUUGUCUUAGAGUAUAGAAGAGCUGGAUUUAGUAGUAAUGGUAGUGGCGAUUCGAAAGUUGAAAACAUCAAUAUCGAAAGUGGAAAAAGAGAAACUGUGGUUGUGGGAGAGGAGAAGUCGUUCCUUGAGGUCAUGUCCCUCGUGUGGUGGAAGCUUGCAAUGAAUCCGAAUUGCUAUUCUUGCAUCCUUGGUAUCGCAUGGGCUUUUAUUUCUAACAGAUGGCAUCUGGCGAUGCCGGGCAUAUUGGAGGGAUCGAUUCUAAUAAUGUCAAAAGCUGGAACAGGAACAGCCAUGUUCAAUAUGGGGAUAUUCAUGGCACUUCAAGAGAAGUUGAUAGUAUGUGGAACAAGCUUGACUGUGAUGGGGAUGCUCUUGAAGUUUAUCGCUGGACCUGCCGCCAUGGCCGUAGGUUCUAUAGCCUUUGGCCUCCACGGCGAUGUCCUCCGCGUCGCCAUCGUUCAGGCUGCCUUGCCACAAUCAAUCACUUCGUUCAUCUUUGCUAAAGAAUAUGGAUUACAUGCAGAUGUUCUAAGCACAGCGGUGAUAUUCGGGAUGUUGGUCUCUCUACCUGUGCUCGUCGCUUACUACGCAGCUUUGGAAUUUAUCCAUUGAUUCAAAUUAAUAAUUAAAUUCGAUCAUAUAUCAAUGUUUCUCUCUAAUUACCUGAUCUGGUCAAUGAUCUUUCACAACUACUA